AUGUCUUCGUCCCAUAAAAGCAGGAGCGAAGGCGCCGAUGGCAGUUCAACUGGCCUUGAUUAUUACUUUGACUCGUACUCGCAUUUUGGAAUCCAUGAAGAGAUGCUCAAAGAUCGCGUUAGGACGCUUAGCUACAAGGAUGCCAUUUGUUCGAAUCGCCAUCUAUUUAAGGACAAGGUUGUUCUUGAUAUUGGAUGUGGAACUGCAAUAUUGUCCAUGUUUGCUGUCAAGGCUGGGGCUCGCUUGGUCAUCGGUGUCGACAUGUCCGAUAUGAUUGACCAUGCCCGCGAGAUAGUUGCGAUUAAUGGAUUUUCUGACAAAAUCCUGCUUCUAAAAGGAAAGAUGGAGGAGGUCGAGCUUCCCGUCCAAAAGGUUGACAUAAUCAUCAGUGAAUGGAUGGGCUACUUUCUCCUUUACGAGAACAUGUUUGAUACGGUUCUUUGGGCGCGCGACCGAUACCUUGACCCUGUCCACGGCUUGAUGCUUCCUGAUUCUGCCAAUAUGUAUUUGCUGGGAAUUGAAGACGCCCAAUACAAAGACGAAAAGAUACACUUUUGGGAAGAUGUCUAUGGAUUCAACAUGUCGCCCAUCAAAAAGCUGGCUCUCCAGGAGCCGUUGGUCGAUACUGUCGAACCCAAUGCAAUUGUGACAGAGCCUUUCCUGUUUUGCUCGCUUAAUUUAAUGACGCUUAAAAAAGAAGACUUGUCGUUUAAAGUCCCAUUUUCAUUGCUAACCACCAAGAACGACUAUUUGCAUGCAUUUUUGUCUUAUUUUGAUGUUACAUUCAGCGCCUGCCACAAGCCAAUUUCUUUUUCCACAGGGCCUAGAGAUAAGUACACCCACUGGAAGCAGACCAUUUUUUACUUGAAGAAAGUUCUUCUCGUUUCAAAGGGAGAGACCAUCAACGGUACGAUUUCUGUUGCUCCAAAUGCCGUCAAUUGUCGGAAUUUGGAUAUUGAAAUUGAAUAUGCCCACGAAAGCGCCAAAACCGGCACCACGUCCAAGGAGCAUCUUUUUUUUUCAAUGAGCUAA